AUGGCGGACGGCCCGAUGAAGAUGGCAAAAGAACUACGAACAUACCUUGCGGAGGACCUCGGCCUCACUGUAAAGCCACAUAAGGCACUCACCGAGCCCCAGGUCACUUUCGCGGUGAUGUUGGGACUGAUGCGAGAGCAGGCGACAGAGUCGAGGCGCACGCCGAAGGUCCCCUGCUACUUCAUCAAUCGCUUCCCUGACCAGCUGACAGGCACUUGGGCUACAACACCUGAAGGGAGGCUGGUCCAAGUGCUGGUGGACGCUGGCGGGCCGCACAUGGACAAGCAUAAGAUGUGGCGCCUGGUCUUGUUCACCUGGCUUGGCGCGGGCGGCGUGCACGGUCAGCCGUGGCAAGAGCUGUGCGCCAUACCAGCCAUCAUGAUGUACAGCCGCAAGCUUCAGCAGAAGCAGCCCUGGGAGGUGAUGAAGUACGCCAUGAUGUGCGUGCAGCGCAGCAGCAACCGCCUGCUGUCCUUCUUCGGGAGCGACGGGCGCGACAAGGGCCUGCGCUUUAGUAGGGACUACUUCCGCAUGCUCGCCCUGUGGCACGACAGCGUGCCAACUCUGACAGCUGCUUUUGCCCAGGGUUCGGAGAGCUUCCUGCAAGCCAUGAAGAAGGUUCGCGGCUUUGGAGAGCUCACGCAGAAGGAGGUCUUCAGCUACUUGGGCGUGUCCAGCCACCCGAGCUUCCGCGCGAUGGCUGCCGAAGCCAUACCCUUCGGGCCUGGUGCGAAGCAGGGUGCUUUGGUGUUUCUCGGCGCGAAGUCCGAGCUUCUGCGCGCUGCCACGAGGCUGCGGCCGCACCUGCAGGAUUGCAUGAGGCAGCACUUCCCGCAUGUCCAUGCGGAUGUCAGCGUGACCGACAUCGAGAUCUUCUUGUGCUACGGGCUGACGUAUGCCAAGAUGGCAUGCAAGCUGCGCGCGGAGCUGGCGGGCAACAGGUUUUGCAAGAUUCCCUAUGGAGUGGCCUGUCAUCGGGCGGACAGCAUCGCUUGGACGCCGGCCGGGUGGACGACUUGGGCUGCCGGCAAAGAGCGCGCCGCCCUCCCGCACCGGCAGUUCGCGCUGGCAUCGGCGCCCCCAGCAAGAAGUCGGAAGUCUCCUGCAAGCUUGGCGCGCCACUGGAGACUGGACUCGCUGGCGAAGCACUUUGAGCAGAUCUCAGCCAAGCGAGCUCUCUCCGAGGCAGGCGUUGACAACGGUGGUGGGCCUGGCUCCAAGAAGCGUCCCGCAGCAAGCGCUGAGCUUAGAGAUCCGACAGGAUCCCGGUCUCCCUCCAGCAAUGUCGAUGGUGGCAGGAUCACCGUACAGUUCGCCCCCGGUGAGGCCCUGCCCCCCGGGUUCAUGGCCGUUCCGGCCCUCGGAGAUGUCUACCUCUUCGUCGCCGCCGUUGCCUUUGCGAUGGCAACAGCGGGCAACCUCAGUGUGGAGCACGAAUCUGUUUACAAGGUUCUCUAA